AUGGAGAGGAGGGACCAUUUAACCUUGACCUUCUACAAUCCUGAAAUUCUCAAAACAAAGGGGAAUCGGAACUACCAAAGGCCAAUCCUCCCCAACAACAAACAUCCGAGUGCCUCGAUGCCAUCCCAGAGGCGGCAGCAGCAUGUGGAUCAGACAUACACCUACAUCCGAAUGUUCAGUGGCAGCCUCUGUGGCUUUGGCCUCCUAGUCCUGAUCUGCAUGUCCCCACUCAACUGGGUACAGUUCCUGGUCACCAAGAAUGGCCUUGAGCUCUACGCAGGACUCUGGAUCACCUGUAACCAUGAACUGUGCUGGAGCCACACGCCCAAGCCCCCCUACUAUCUCCAAUACUCCAGGAUCUUCUUCUUCAUCUCUGUCCUCACCAUAUUCAUUGGCCUUAGUUGGCUCUUCAGAGCAUGUCUCCCUAGAAGAGGAAGCAUGACCAUCAACUUGGAUCUGAAGGUAUCCAUACUCUGCUUCACCUCAGCCACCUGCUUGUUUCUCUGCCUCAUCUUAUUCCUGGAACAAGUUCAUUGGCAUAGUGGGGAUGUCAUGGAGUCAAAUCUACUAUGGAGCUAUUAUCUUAACUGGUGGGGUGACAUCUUAUAUGUGUUUGCUGGUGUAAUCUCCUUUCUCAACUACAUAACUUCCAGAUCUCCUUCCCCAGAUCAAAAUAUCACUGUGAUUCCUAUAGAGAAGUCAAGGCUGGGGAUUGGUCCAGUGACUACUGCUAAAGAUGAAGGUUCAGGGCCUGAGAUAGAAUCUCAAAAUGAGGAAGAGAGACCAAAUGCAGGACUAUGA